AUGCCUUUGCACCCAGCAUCGCAAGCUCAUCGGCAUGCGGAUGAUUUCUGGACACUGGAUACCUUGGUCCCAAUCGCCAAAUUUCUACACGACAAGUAUCUUUUUGACUCCUUAGACUUGGAGACGCAUGACUGGGUGUUAGGCGCUGUCCAAGAGCCUGCAGAGCUGUUCAUUCCGGCUGCAGAGCAUAUCGCCAAAAGGUGGCUGCAGGACUACCGAUGGCAACCCCGGAUAUGCAUGUUGAUCAUAUAUCGGAUCAGAUGCCUGGUCAAUGGAGAUCGGGAUGAAGUAUUUACCGAUAGCCCUACCACCUCAAAUGUGCUUGAUUCAGCAGAGUGGAAUCGGAGAGUUGCCAUGUGCCUUAGAGACAUGUCAUACUUUGAGGAGGCCCAGGUUCAUUUUGAAGCUGCACUGAGACUGGACUGCCAGAUUUGGCUUGCUAGGGGUGGCCUGGCAUACAUGUAUAGCCUCAAUGGGCAACAUGACAAAGCUUUGGAUCUCUACAAAGCAAAUCUUGAAAUUCUGGAUGCGGCUUAUCUGAAUACUGAGAUUUGGGACAUGCUUCCUCACGAUGUUGGCUCUGAUGAUAUUGCUGACGGUUACCAGUCCAUAGGUGAAGAAUACCUCGCCCUCAAUGCGCUGGCCUACUUCGAGAAAGCACUUGAUAUCUCUAGAAAGGGGGAGUGCCUCGAAAAAUUCAUUGAGCUCCGUGCGGCGGAUAAAGUCUCGGAGAGCAAUGAGCAAAAUAUACAGCACUCCAAAAGAAUGGGCACCGCAUCUGAUGAUGGACUUCCCCGCGACAUUCAUGCAGGGGAACUUCCCAGUGCUAUACUUACAAUCCUUGGUUAG